GCCGGCACCUCAGCAGGGUCAACAUGUUCCCUGUCACUGUCUCAGGGAACUACGGUGAGCGAAGAGGACCCGGGAGGAGCAGAGCUGAAGUAGGAAGUGGAUUUGCAUACAAGGAGAGUGUUGCAAUGAUCUAUCAGCCUCUCCACUUCUUGGCAGUAAGUUCUCUGUAUUGGAUCAGGGGUGCAGCCUUCACAAUGUCUUCAUCCUCCAACGUUUUGGCCAGGCUGGUGGCGAGUGCUCACUCCGUGGCUGAAAAAGCUGGAACCAUCGUCAGACGUGUUAUGAGUGAAGGAGAUCUGGGGAUUGUGGAAAAGACAGGAGCAAAUGACUUGCAGACGGCGGCUGAUCGCCUGGUACAGCAAAGUAUAUGUUCCUCUCUUGCAAGAAAAUUCCCACAGCUAACCAUCAUUGGUGAAGAGGACCUGCCCUCUACAGAUGUAGAAGAAUCACUGAUCGAGACGGGGGACUCUGCAGAAAUUCUGAAGACCAUUUUCCCAGCUCAGUACAGCAACAUUAAAGAGGAAGAGCUGGUGGUGUGGGUGGAUCCCUUGGAUGGAACUAAAGAAUAUACUGAAGGUCUUCUAGACCAUGUCACUGUUCUAAUUGGAGUGGCUUAUGAAGGAAAAGCAAUAGCUGGGGUGAUUAAUCAGCCCUACUAUAACUACCAGGCUGGUGACAGUGCCGUGCUGGGAAGGACAAUUUGGGGAGUUCUAGGUCUGGGAGCUUUUGGGUUUCAGCUAAAAGAAGUCCCUGAAGGACAACACAUCGUUACCACUACCCGGUCUCACAGCAGCAAGCUGGUGAAUGAUUGUAUCGAUGCCAUACACCCCGAUAAGGUUGUGCGUGUGGGCGGUGCAGGGAAUAAGAUCAUCCAGUUAAUUGAAGGGCAGGCUUCAGCCUAUGUAUUUGCCAGUCCUGGCUGUAAGAAAUGGGACACGUGUGCUCCUGAGGCUAUUCUGCAUGCAGUUGGAGGUAAACUCACCGACAUCCAUGGGAACCCAUUUCAGUAUCACAAGGAUGUGAAACAUAUGAACUCAGCAGGAGUUCUUGCAGCACUGCGUAAUUAUGACUUCUACCUGUCUCGGGUUCCUGAGUCUGUAAAACAAGUGCUGGUACCAUAACUACGAGGUUCCCAGAUGACUCCACCGUAGGUGCAGACGCAGCAUCACUGACCAAACGGUUAAUCAUCCCGGAUUGACUUUGUCUGACAAAACAGUAAUGGAGAGACCACUGAAUCUGUGACCGCGUCCUCUACUCUGAUCAAUUUGCUGUGAUUUAAACUGUUUUGUAAAUCUUCUCAAAGGACCGCUCA